CCGGAGGCGGACAAUUAUAGCAGCCAGUCGCCAAGAAGUAGGUCUGCAAUUGCUGGGCAGAUGAAUUAGCUGGCAUUCAGUGUCUCCUCGCGGGGAGGGAGGGUUAAGUUUUCAGCAGAUUGCACGCUGAGCGCAGAGGGUACAAAUGUUUGGGGAUGUAUAUGGAGUCACGACGCACGACGCAAACCAGCUCGUCAUGACCUGAAGUGAAUCACGAUGGGAUUUCUUUGGUGACGUGAAAAUUUAGGUUAGAUGCAAUUAGGGAUGGCUUGUGUGGCGCAUAUUUACCAGCAGCUCUAACAUACAGCUGUCUGCGCACUUUCCAGUCCCUCCUGUUGCCGGUUCAUUUUAGUUUUUGUUUGUUUGUUUUAUAAUUUUAAUCUGAAAUGUAGCAGGCUAUAUUUAAAUUCCCCACUUCUCUCCAUAGACCUCUGCGCUCUGAACUUAGACUCUGCCCGGCACUGUCCUCUAUUUCCAAUUUCUAUGAGGCGCAGGAGCGGGUGGCUGCGCUUUGCGUGGAAGCGCUGACAGAGUGCGCCGGGUAAGUCAAGUGUUUGCGGAUUUCUCCGAGAAGACGCUGCUUCAUGCACCUGUGGACGCCUGCAAAAGCAACGGGGACACCUUUUUUUGUUUUUUGUUUUUGUAAUUUUUUUCGUUUUUGCCUGCUAGAAACGGGUCGUUGUAUUUUUUAGGGCUUUUCUGUAAGAGCGUGUGUCGGAUGCACGGCUGGAUUGUGAGCAGUCGGAGAGGUCUGGGCAGAUUCAGCACCACAGCUUUGAACAGCUCCCACUCGUCGUGUUUGGAUGGGCUCUGUCGCUCUCCGUCUCUCCUUCAGCUCCUAACUAUCGGCUACAAUGGCAUCACACGGUUUCUGGUCUCUUGGCGGAGAUAAUGCGGGGGACAAUGUCGGCAGCCAGAGCCCCAGUACGCCCAGGGCUUGGUGCCAGGCGGCGGCCCAAAAAUUAUCCGGAGGCAUUGGAUCGAAAUUAUGUGCUCUGCUCAAUGUUGGGGAAGUGGAGAAACCGGCCGAGCCGUCCGUCAAGCAGGCGGAGACAGCGGCUGGGAGCUGCGGCUGCAACAAACCCUGCAGCUGCCCUAAAGCUGCCGUGGUUUUCUCCGAUCUCUAUUCAACAGACCUGCUCCCUGCACUGGAUGGUGACACCAAAACAAUGACCUUCCUGCAGGAAGUUGUGGAUAUUUUACUGGCCUACAUCGUGGAGUCUUUCGACAGGGAUACGAAAGUUAUUGAUUUUCACUAUCCAAAUGAAUUGCUUCAGAGGAACAACUGGGAGCUGCAGGACGACCCGGCCACUCUGGAUGAUAUCUUGAUCAGCUGUCGUGCUACUCUGAAAUAUGCGAUCAAAACAGCCCACCCCAGGUACUUCAAUCAGCUCUCUACAGGAUUAGACAUGGUUGGUCUGGCAGCGGAUUGGCUAACAUCCACCGCCAACACCAAUAUGUUCACCUAUGAGGUGGCGCCUGUCUUUGUGCUGCUGGAAUACGUCACUCUGAAGAAGAUGAGGGAGAUCAUUGGCUGGCCGGACGGGCGAGGGGAUGGCAUUUUCUCUCCUGGUGGUGCUAUUUCUAAUAUGUAUGCCAUGCUGCUGGCCCGCUUCAAGAUGUUCCCUGAAGUGAAGGAGAAAGGAAUGUCAUCUGUUCCUCGACUGGUGGCCUUCACAUCCGAACAUAGCCAUUUCUCAAUCAAAAAAGGUGCGGCAGCCCUUGGCAUUGGGACAGAGAGCGUCAUCUGCAUCAAAGCAGAUGAAAGUGGUAAAUUGAUCCCAUCUGACCUUGAGAGGAGAAUACUGGAGGCUAAACAGAAGGGCUUUGUGCCUUUCUUUGUGAGCGCCACUGCCGGCACAACGGUGUACGGAGCCUUUGACCCUCUCAUUGCCAUCUCUGAUGUCUGCAAAAAGUACAACAUCUGGAUGCAUGUGGACGGAGCAUGGGGAGGAAGUCUUCUCAUGUCCAGGAGACACAGGUGGAAGCUGGAUGGAGUUGACAGGGCCAAUUCAGUAACAUGGAACCCACAUAAAAUGAUGUCAGUCCCACUGCAGUGUUCUGCAUUGCUGGUCCGAGAGGAGGGUCUCAUGCAGAACUGCAACCAGAUGCAUGCCUGCUACCUGUUCCAGCAGGAUAAACACUACGACCUGUCCUACGAUACUGGAGACAAAGCCCUGCAGUGUGGACGCCAUGUGGACAUCUUCAAGCUGUGGCUCAUGUGGAGAGCCAAGGGCACCAUUGGGUUUGAAGCUCAGAUUGACAAGUGUCUAGAGCUGUCAGAGUACCUGUACAACAAGAUCAAGGACAGAGAAGGAUAUGAAAUGGUCUUUGACGGAAAACCUCAGCACACCAACGUCUGCUUCUGGUACCUUCCUCCGGGGAUUCGCUACCUGGAGGACAAAGAGGAGAAAAAGAAACGCUUGCACAAGGUGGCCCCAGUGAUAAAAGCCAGGAUGAUGGAGUACGGGACGACCAUGGUCAGCUACCAACCGCAAGGGGACAAGGUCAACUUUUUCCGCAUGGUGAUAUCAAAUCCCGCUGCUACCUUCGAGGACAUCGACUUUCUUAUUGAGGAGAUUGAACGACUUGGCCAAGACCUAUAAGACUCAUCUCACCAAAACCUCCUGUACUUUCCCCCUAGACGGAUGAAAUGUUUGUCGUGAAUGUACUGGUAAUCUAUUUUUUUUUCUCUCUCUCUCUCUCUUUCCUCCAAAGUCACAUAUUAAAAAGUAUAUUUGAGAAAAAAAAGAUAUACAGAUAUAUCCAUAUAUUAUGUAUUGUAGCUUUGCCGUGGGCCACCUUGGUCCGAAGCUAUGUAAAAGUGCUUCUGUCUGCCUUUCCUAGUGUAGAGUAGUGUAAGUGAUGUAACUUUAUAUGUAUUUUUGUGAUAUGAAAUGCUUGUGCAAUAGGUUGAUGAGGAAGAGUUUAUUUUUUAAUCAUACUCAUUUGCCGAAUAUGUUGUUAAGUGCCAAAUGUGGUUGUGUUCUAUUGUAACCUACAUUUUAAACUUACUUAUAGUUUAAAGGGGGGGAAAAAAGCACUUCACCUUACCUCAGCUCAAUCAACUGCCUUUACAUCUGCACAUACUUCAAGCAGUGAUUCUGGACAAAAUUCUCGCAGGAUGGCAAAUUACAGCAGUACCAGCACAUGUUAAGUAAGUAUCCCAACUCUAAUAGGCCAUAAUAUCUGGAAAUGUUUCCCAAAAAGUGAAAGAAAACGGAGAUGAGGAAAAGUGCCUAGUUGCGGGAGGACAUGAUUUCCAUCAAAAUGACACAACAAACAAGGUCAAAUCAUGGUAGUUUGUUAUUUUCUGAAGUCUUUAUGCAGGCGAGUCUGUCCACUUGCAUCAAAAAAAUGCCCUUUGACAGGAUGACCUGCAGUUUGUGAUGCUAAUUUAAGAUUGUUAUUACCUAUAACGCUCUGUCUCAGUCUUUUCUAGUGUAUUUAAGACAAAAUAGGCUUGUUAAACCCAUUUUGUUUGAUGUCAACAGCCAAUGCACAUAUCAAAAUGGGGACCAUUUCCAUCCCAGCUGUAUAUUUAGCUGUGCUGAGCGUGCCACAUGCUAUAAUUUACAGUAUGAAAGUGGUAGAAGUUCGCCUAUAGGCUGAUAUGAGGCAACCUGGAGAAUUUAGUGGAUGGAAACCUCUUACUUACAAUAGCAGACUUGGAGAAGGGUUAAGAGGACGCGUUGUCAAUGACAUUAUUGUUUUUAGAUGAGCACUUAAUGAAAGAUCCAGGAUCUUGAGAAAGUGGGAAAGGGGGCGGGGGGGUUGGCAAUAAUGGUGUUUUGUUUGAGCAUAGGCACUUCACCAGAUUUGCAGCUACUGUAUACCUGACAUCACUUGCACUAAAUCAUAGGGGGAGGAGGAGCAUUCCUUAGCAUUGCAAUUGAAGUCUCUUCUUUAUUCAUUCACAAGCAAUAUUUGACUAUGGGUCCAAUCUGUGUGCCCUGCAAAAUAUGAAUAGAAACAGUGAUUUCAAGUGUACAAUAGUUAAAGAUGAUCAAGUUUCCGGACAGUUUAACAAAACGCACAGUAGUUAGGAAAAUAAUAAUAAUGAUAAAAAAAAUAAAUAAAUAGAUAACAAAAUGCUUUGGCGGGUUAGUUGAUGGGAUGUGAACCCUGAUUUGCCAAGCAGAGGUUCUGUAGCAUUUUCAUUAGAAACAAGUUAGAAAAGCACAAUUUGCUCAACAUGGUUGGUCAGUGUACAAUCACUUUUGAUCAUAGAUUGUAAAUAGAACUUCAAGAUGUCCUAAGUACAUAUCUUUGUGUAUACAUACGUGUAUAUAAGACAUAUAACCAGAGACUAUUUGUGAAGUAAAUUUAUUCAUAUUUUCUCUAUCCAAUAUAGAUUACCUGUAUUUUCAUCCUGUUAGUCCAAAAGGCUUUUCCUUGUGUGUGUGUAUGUAUGUCGGAUACUUGACUUGGUUUGUGACUAUAAUAGCUAUUUCAAAGAAAAUGUGUUUCAGGGACUGGCUUUAAACUCACGGUUUAAGAAACUGACAGAUUUCACCUUGACAUAUUUAGUCUUACCUGUCUGAGACAUAAGACUGUGGUGUUUGGAUUUCACAUGAAUAUGCAAAGCCAUUUUGACUCUGAAGCCCUGUGUUUUUUGUGCACAAGUGAUACUUGACAGUAUGUGCCAACGUGUACCUUAGUGUGUUUGUAACUGUGUUGCCUUAGUAUCAAUUGCCAGUAUUGUCUUGUUUUCCUCCAAGGGGGGGCGGGGGGUUGUGCACUUUAGAGUAUACACAUGACCUAAUAAUGUGCAAUGUCCAAUGGUUGUUAAUACGUUGAUGUUAAAAAAAAAAAAAAUCCACGCAGAAAAUGUAACCAACUGAGAGUCAUUGGUAUGAAUGUGAUUCAAGGGUCUCUUGGAAAAUGAAAGUAUCUGGUUUAAUUUUGGAAAUCUUUUACAGUUUGUAGAUAUUAUAAAGCUUCUUGUUUAACAGUCGUACAACCUGACAGAGAAUAGUAUACCCGCUUGAAAGAGAUUUUACAAAAAUGCUUCCUCGGAUGCUGUGUCUGCUGUUGGCCCUAUCUCUACUCUGUUCAAAUCAAUCCAAACUGGCAUGCACACUGUGACACAAACAACAUCGGCGACAACGCCACAAAGGAAUCUCACUGUGGUAGUCUUGGAAAGCCAGACAUUUUGUUUCUCUUGCUGCUGCUGCUAGAUUUGCUUCCUUUGCAUGUGCAUGCAAUGCCUUGCCUCUCCAGCUUGUUUGAUAUACAAUCUCCUAUAUAUCUAUUUAUACAUACAUAUAUCUAUAUAUAUCUAUAUUAUAUACACAGUAUAUACAGUAUAUGUAGCUCCUGUAAUUAGCUUUAGUGUCUCAAUGAAUAGCUUAGCUUUAGGUUAGUGCACUGUCGCUAUAGCCUUUACAUGUGAUCUGUGUGUCUUUGGCUUCUUGUAAAGUUUCUUGUGCUGCAAGCAUGCUAACCUUGCCUAGCAUUAUAAUCUUCUCUGCGCUAUAUCUGACUAUCUCUAUCCUCUGUCUCUCUCUUCUGCUUGAAGUCUGUCGCAGCUCAGAACGUAGAGUACUAUAUCUAUAUGUGUGUAGUCCCCAAGCAUGUCUCUCUGAACGCUCCUCUCUGCUCUGCGCAUAUACGACCUUUCUCUCUUUCUCUUUAGCUUAGCUCUCUAGUAGCAACAAUGUAUCCAACAAUGUAUCCUAACGCUUUCCUCUACACUUUCUUGGCUACCCGCUGUUGUUCUGUUUGUGUGUCUGAGAGCGAAUGUUGACUUGUGUCAUAGUGCUCGGACUUUGUCUCGCCAAAUGAUUGCAACAAUCAGAUCUCGUGGGGCCCUUGACUCUAUAGGAUGUAUGAGAAAAAGAAUGACUAGGUCCAUGUUUAAUACGUUUAGUUAUCCAAAAACUAGUCCAAAGUAUACUUAUUCUUAGUCUUUAACAAUGCAGUAAAGUAAGGAAAACAUGCACUGGUUUCUUUUUAACAGGAAAUGCUGUUUAUGAGUACAAAUAAAAUCCCUUCUUCUCAGAGUGCAGUUCAUUUUCACUAAAUAUGGUACAAUUCUGGAUCAAAUAAUCUGCAAACUAUUGUGCUAGCUUCUCUCAAACAUUCAUUUGUCCUGAACUAUAUGUUACUCUUGGGGAAAUACAAAUAAAUAUUAUUGCCAACAGAAAAACAAA